AUGGAUUCUCACUUCCCCACCUAUCUUUUUACUAAUUGUAAUCAGAUGCUUUUCAGCAUCAUUGAGACCUCCAUCAACACCUUAGUGAGAGAGGGUUCUGUUCUGGUUAGGUUACGCUGUAUUCAGCACAGUGACAAUAACAUGGAAGCUUCCAGACUCAGUAACAGUUCUCAAAACAUUCGAUGCCAUCACUGCGCAGGACCCCUUUCAAACCGCAUGGAAACUAGUCAAUGGACCGUUUCGCCUCUCAUCAGGGAUAGCUUCUCUAUGAUUGGUUCUGCUGUUGGCGGCACGGCAAGUGCAUUUUAUGGAUUCAAUCUUGUUAUGCCGAUUGUUCAGAGAAGAAUAAAAGGACCCAUGUGGCUGCAUUUUCUCAUUGGUGCACCCCCUGUGAUAGUAUUCUCUUCAGCAUGUGCGGGACUCGCAGGUGGGGCUGUUCCUGCUGCUGCACAACUUGUUUCCUCCUCUUAUCAUGCGGCAUACUCAUCUCCUACCGCACCGCCGCCGUCAAAGGAUAAACACAUUUAA